AUGGCGUCCAUGCUGCCCUUCCAGACAAAAGGCUUCAAUCCGUAUGCCGUCAAAUACUCUCCCUAUUUCGAUUCGCGCAUCGCCGUCGCAUCCGCCGCAAACUACGGCAUCGUAGGAAACGGUCGCUUGUGGUGCCUAGGACUGGGGCCGAAUGGGAUUCAAGUAGAGAAAACGUUCGACACGAACGACGCCCAGUAUGACCUCGCCUGGUCCGAGAUCAACGAAAACCAGCUGCUUGCGGCUUGCGGAGACGGCUCAAUCAAGUUGUACGAUGUGAACGUCAACGAGUUCCCCGUCAUGAAUUAUCACGAGCACAAGCGGGAGACAUUCUCGGUCGCAUGGAGUCCUGUUACGAAAGACACGUUCGCAUCGAGCUCAUGGGAUGGUACCGUCAAGAUCUGGUCGCCGGCGCGAAAGGAGUCUCUGAAAACGCUUCCGGUGGGCAACUGCACUUACAGCACGCAAUAUUGCCCCUCUAAUCCACACAUCAUUUCCGCCGUGUCGACCGACUCGCAACUGCGAAUCUUCGACCUCCGCACCCCCGUCAACGCGCAAUACCACCUCACAUCCAAGAUCCCCGUCCACCUUCCACCACCCGUACCGUUUCCACAAGGCAUGGCACCACCCCCAGCGAUGCCAUCCGAGAUCUUGACGCAUGACUGGAACAAGUACAGAGACACCGUCAUUGCGACGGGCGGCGUGGAUAGGGUCAUACGGACUUUCGACAUAAGAAAUCCCACGGGCGGACCAGCAUCCAUUAUGAUGGGCCAUGAGUAUGCCAUCAGGAAGUUGGCUUGGAGCCCGCACGCUAGCGAUAUCUUGAUAAGUGCGAGUUACGAUAUGACGGUUCGGUUGUGGACGGACGGAUCGACCAUGGCGCAGGACGGUCCUUCUCCUUUCAAGCCCGGAGUGCAACUUGGCAUCAUGAACAGACACACUGAAUUCGUUACUGGCGUUGAUUGGUGUUUGUUUGGCGAAGGAGGUUGGGUUGCGACGGUUGGCUGGGACGAGAUGGUCUAUCUGUGGAAUGCUACUUCCCUCUUCAGUGGGUAG